AUGAUACUCAAUUCUUCUGCCGCAUACGAAGCACAGCGCCGAUUGAAGUGGUACGAGCAACAUAAGAUCCGGAGCACCACGCCGAGCCUAUUCGAGUCAUAUCGGAAAUAUCUCGAGGAAGAAGGAGCUUUUGCGUCACUACCCAAAACGACAACAGACGCUCUCCUACCCUUGUACAUUUCGACGUUGAAUGACCUCACUCCCAUCACGGAUGGCGCUGCUGUCUUCCGAGACCACAGUAAUGGACAGGCAUCCAUCUACUUGGUCAGAGCAAUAUGCCUUGUCGUCUGCAAGACAAAGAACGCCGCUCCUUUCUUACGUCUGACUGAUGCCGGUCCCCUCUUGGAGCCACUAGAGUUUGCAUCAAAGCUUCUAGCUGGACUAGAUGCGGCCAUCAAAGCAGAUCUCGAACCCAAUCGCAUCAUCAAGAUCCAGAUCUUAGCACUGAUGCAUCUGCACAACGAUGGCCUAGCCGGCGUAGAUCGCGCGUCCAGUUACUUGUCGCAGGCUAUCUGUGAAGCGUGGUCAAUGUGUAUACACCUGAAGAUAUCUGGCAACCCCGACAACGACGAAUGCAAGUAUCUGUGGUGGUCACUUCGCAACUUUGACCGUCUGGGAAAGCCUAUUAUGGCAGCAGCGCCCUUCUUCAUCGACGAUGCGGAUAUCGGCGUUGAACGUAUAGAACCGAAGAGAGAUGACUAUCGCUCUCAAAUCAUGGCUGUCGCUCUCGCUCUUGGAGACCUUAUGACUACCGCGACUAGAGCUUACAAAGCUGGCGCUACAACGGCGGUCGAUAGCUGCUGGGAUUUCCCUUCGCUGUUACAAAUCACGGGUGGAAGUAAUUUCGAUCAGUUCCACAUGUCCCAUCGAGGUAAGACGCUUUUCGACUUCACUCUUCAGUGUACUUAA